AUUGCUUCUGAAAUAACAUUUUCACCAGGUCACAUCUUGACGUACAGAGGCAUUUUUGUCACUGAAAAAUUCCCUAAAAAACUGGAUACAUGGCUCAAACUUUCCUUCAUGCGCUCACCUUUCAAGGAUCCAUUUGUGAAACCGUUCAAGUUCCUUUUUCUCAAAUUCAUUUGA